UUUGAGAGGAGAGGGAUAGAAAGGCAGGGGGAAAACAGUGCGCGGACGUAGAGGCGGAGUGGCUUUCUGUGUGGCUUCUCUGCCCCUGAUGUAGGCAGGUCAGCCAGCUUGCGGGAGUGUGGCCUGGGUGGCGAGGUGGGAGGGGAAGAGUCAACUUCUGCCGCGAUCGCCCUUUGUAGUUUGCGGGACGCUGCUCUAACACAGGCUGUAAAAUAGCAAAUCGCCAUUAUAUGAUCCAGUACCCAGCGUCACUGUUGCCCUCCAUGUGGGUGAGGGACCUGUGUGUCUCGGAUUAUGGCGAGGAAAACAGUUAGCAGGAAAAGGAAGGCAGGAGAGCCCAAAGAGCAACAACAGGUGGGCUGGUGCCUGUCGCCGCACAAGCGCGCCCGCGUGCCCUCCUCCUCCUCGUCCUCGUCCGCGGCCUCGUCCUCGCGGCCGCCGCCGCAGUGGCGGUGCCGGCGGCGCUCGCUGGUGCUGGCGCUGCGCGGGCGGGAGUUCCGGCCGCAGCAGCAGCACGAGCCGCGCCUGCAGCGGAGCCUGCGGGGCUUCGCGGCCGGGAGGCUGCCGGGGAUCCUGCGUGAGCGCGAGUUCUCCCUGGGCUGCCUCAACAAGGUGUUCGCCUCCCAGUGGCUCAACCACCGGCAGGUGGUGUGCGGGACCAAGUGCAACACGCUGUUUGUGGCGGAUGUCCUGACGGGGCAGAUCACACGCAUCCCCAUGCUGAAGGACAGGGAGGCGCGAGGGGGAGGAGGAGGAGGAGUGGGAGUGCGGAACGGGCUCAGCGGCUCCUUCAUCGGUGCCCCCGUAGGGAGCGGGGGCGCUGUGUCGGUGGCCGGCCUGGACCAGCAGGGUUGCGGCAUCCACGCCAUCGAGCUGAACCCCUCGGGCUCCCUGCUGGCCACGGGUGGAGACAACCCCAACAGCCUGGCGGUGUACCGGCUGCCCACGCUCGACCCUGUCUGCGUGGGGGAUGAUGGUCACAAUGAUUGGAUAUUUUCCAUCGCUUGGAUCAGUGACACAAUGGCUGUCUCCGGGUCCCGGGACGGCUCCAUGGGGCUGUGGGAGGUGAGCGAGGAGGUGCUGAACCGGGCGGAGAGGCAGCGGGACACCGAGGGGGUCCCCAGCUACUCGCACAUCUCCCACCGCGCCCUGAAGGACAUCCCCAAAGAGUACACCAACCCCUACAACUGCAAGGUCCGGGCGCUGGCCUUCAACGACGGGCACAAGGAGCUGGGUGCUGUGUCCCUGGAUGGGUACUUCCACCUGUGGAAGGCAGAACACAACCUGUGUAAGCUGCUGUCCAUGAAGCUUCUGCACUGCAAGGAGAACGUGUGCCUGGCGUACGGGCAGGAGUGGUCCGUCUACGCCGUGGGCUCCCAGGCCCACGUCUCCUUCCUGGACCCCCGGCAGCCGCCGCUCAACAUCAAGUCUGUGAGCUCGCGGGAGCGUGGCAGUGCAGGGAUGAAUGCUGCAUGUGCAGGUAUCCGGUCGGUGAGUUUCUACGAGCACAUCGUGACUGUGGGCACGGGCCAGGGCUCCCUGCUCUUCUACGACAUCCGGGCCCAGCGCUUCCUGGAAGACCCGUCCAGCCCGUCCUGCGGGUACCGCCAACGCCCCGGGGAGGGGGUCCUCAAACUUACCACUGGCAAAGGGUGGCUGAACCACGACGAGACGUGGAGAAGCUACUUCUCGGACAUCAGCUCCUUUCCCAACGCCGUGUACACACACAGCUACGAUUCGUCGGGCACCAAGCUCUUUGUGGCCGGGGGUCCCCUGUGCUCCGGCCUACACGGGAACUACGCGGGGCUGUGGAGCUAGCGUGCCGGGACGCCACUUCCGCUGCCCUGUUCCCCGGCACAUCGCCUCUCCCCUCCCUCUGUUCAUUCUCCUCACUGUCUCCUCCUCCACCCAGUCACCUCUCUUCCGGGGGAUUUGGUAACUUGGGCACGGUUCCUCUCACUUUGCUCUCGUAGACCCCGCCUGUCACCCUCUACACUCUUUCUCCCUUUGUGUCACUCUGUUCCUCCGAAGUUCUCGCUACCCUCUCUCUCAGUCUCUAACUCUAAUCCAGCUGCCAUUUCUCUUCAUUUUUUUCAGUAUGUGUAUUUUUGCAUAGAUUACUGUUAUUUGAAUAGCUGUAAGUGUUGGUGAUUGAAGGUGCUAUUCUUUUUGGAGUGCUCCCCCUGUCCGCUGGGAGGUCCUCGGUGUGAGAGAUUGAAUGACGAAGAGGAAGAGAAGCUAGAAGGAAGGGGGACUCUGCCCAGGCCUGCCCACACAGAGUGGGCAAAGCUUCCAGUGCUUCUCUCCAUACCAGCGUUGGAAAAAUGAACAAGUCCCAAAUCCUGUUAAACGGUCUCUGAAGCUCAUGUCCCCAGAGAUCGGAAGCUUGUUUUGUCAAGAAUGGCAUUUUCUUCGCAUUUGUUGAAAAGGGGAUUCAGGCUCUGUGGGGGUUUCUUAGCCCAGAUCAUGUCAAGGAUGACAUCCCUACUCACGCCUCCUCCCUCCUCUCCCUCAGACAGACUGCACUGCAUGGAGAGCAAAGGGAAAGACUGCACUGGAGGGAAUUAUAUUAGAAUGUGACUGCUUAAAAAAAGCUACCUGAAAACAUGUUCAGACAUGUUGUAUCUCUGGGACCUGGGGGCGGAGGGCAUCUCUGGUCUCAUCCAGGCAAACGGGACAGGGCAGAAGGUUAAAUUCUGUGAUCAGGGUCGGCAGCAGAGGGCAAACAGAACGAAAGGGAGCUCAGCGUACAGAUGCUGAUGUCAGAUGUGUCCAGUUCUGAAAAUUGUGAAGGUUUAUUUUUAGUCCUAAUGACUUGACUCUGCCCUGUGUGUGAUUUGACAUUAAUGAACCCCUAUUUAUUUAUACCCUCCCCACAUCACACACGCACUCACACACACAUGCACAGGCACACAAACACACACUCUCAUUCACCUUAGCAUAUGAUCUAAAUGACAGAUAUAUUGUUUUUUGUCUCUAUUGUUGCCUCUUUUUUCCCCUCUUCUAUCAAGAAAAGAGGGUAUCUCCAUUUACUUUUCUGUUCAUAUGGUCAAAAUCAGGACUGCAAU